AUGCUGGAAGAACGCACCGCCGCAGGGGCGCUGCUGGAGCCGUACCAGGGGGGCACGCAGCUGACGGCCUCGGAGUUCUACAGCGGCAUCGGCGGGCUGCAUUACGGCCUCAAAGCGGCACGCCAGGACGCGCGCGUGAUCCUGUCGUUCGACAUCAACGACAUGGCGAACGCCGUGUACGAGCACAAUUUCGGCAUGAAGCCCCGCACGGUCAACCUGGAGAGCGUCCCCGUGCGGCUGCUCAGCGGCGGGUGUGCGACGGACAUUUGGCUCAUGUCCCCGCCGUGCCAGCCGUACACGCGCCAGGGCCACCGCAAGGGCGCGGAUGACGAGCGCGCCCGGUCCUUCAUGGGCCUCAUCGACAAAAUCCGGCACCUCAAUCGACCACCCAAGUACCUCCUCGUCGAGAACGUCGUCGGCUUCGAAACGUCGUCGACCCGCGACGACCUCGUCGCCAGAUUAGACUCCGCGGGGUACUUUCACGCCGAGUUCAUUACUACCCCCCUGCAGCUCGGAGUGCCCUACUCCCGCCCGCGCUACUUUCUCCUCGCCCGCCUGAAGCCCCUCGGCGCGUUCCCCGGCUUCCCUCCCGCCCACAACGGCCAGGCGGCGUCGUCAGGGAUCCCUGGACCGCGCCGGGCGCGCCCCACGUCGCUCCUGCCCGCCGACGGCCGCCCCGAGGCGCUCCCGAUCGCGCCGAUCCGCGAGUUUCUCGAGUCAGACCCAACGAAACACUCCCCCGCCGCGCUGCGCUUCGCGCCGGGGGGGUACACGCGCGGCGAGGGGGGGGGUGGCAACUACGGCGCGCAGGUCGCGGCGCCCCGGGGAGGCGGCGAGCAGGCGUCCGGCGACGGCGGCGGCGGCGCUGGGCGGGAGUGGCCGGGGCCGUUCGCGCCGUACGUGGUGCCGGAGAGCGUGAUCGACAGGCACGGCAUUUGCUUCGACAUCGUCACGCCUGGGUCGCGGCGCACGUGCUGCUUCACGAAGGCGUACAGCCGGUACGUGAAGGGUGCGGGGUCGGUGCUCGCGACGGCGCGCGACGCCUCGCGGCUGAUGCGUGAGAGGGGGGGUCUAGACGCCUUUGAGGACUGGUGCUACGAGGGCGGGGACGUCAGGUCGACGUUCCAGCAGGGGGACCCGUUCCUGUACCUGGACAGGGCUGACGGCGCGGGGGGUGGCGGCGCGGGCGGUUCCGGGGAGGGGGGGAGUGAAGGGGGGGAGUUGGAGCGCGCGCGGUUCAAGUGGGACGGGUCCGUGGACGCCAUGGACCUGACGUGGCUGAGGGACCUGCGGCUGCGGUACUUCACGCCGAAGGAGGUCGCGAACUUGCAUUCCUUCCCGCCCGCGUUCGCGUUUCCGGAGUCGGUGACGCUGCGGCAGCGGUACGCCCUGCUCGGGAACAGCGUGAGCGCGGCCGUGGUGGCCGACAUGUGCCGGUUCCUGCUGGCCGCGUGA